AUGAGAAAUAAAAUUUGUGUUUUGACAUAUUUCAUAGUGUGUAUUAUUGUACAACAUGGGAAUUGCCAAAGUGCUAACGUUGGUGAUGGUUUCGUUCAAACAAAAGGCAACCAUUUUAUUCUUAAUGGGAAGCCACAUUAUGUGAACGGAUUCAAUGCCUAUUGGUUAAUGAUCUUGGCAUCUAACCCAUCUACUAGGUCUAAUGUUACUUCAGCUUUUGAACAAGCUUCUAAACAUGGUUUAAAUUUAGGAAGAACAAUUGCAUUUAACGAUGGAGAUAUUGAUCCCCUACAAAUCUCUCCCGGUUCUUAUAAUGAGACUGUCUUUGAGGGAUUGGAUUUUGUGAUAUCAGAGGCAGGAAAAUUUGGAGUGAAACUUAUGCUAAGCUUUGUGAAUAAUUGGAAAGAUCUUGGAGGAAAAAUGAAAUAUGUCCAAUGGGCAAGAGAACGUGGUCAAAAUAUCACAAAUGAAGAUGACUUUUUUACCGACCCUCUUGUUAAGGAAUUCUACAAAAAUCAUGUUAUGGCUGUGGUAACAAGAAAUAACACCAUAAACGGGGUUUUAUAUAAGGAUGACCAAACUAUUUUCUCUUGGGAGCUUAUGAAUGAGCCUCGUUUCCCAAAUGAUUCUUCUGGAAAUUCAAUUCAGAAUUGGGUUACUGAGAUGGCAGCGUAUGUGAAAUCCAUUGAUAGCAAUCAUUUGUUGCAUAUUGGAAAUGAAGGGUUCUAUGGGUCUGAAAAGCAGCAGCUCAAUCCCCUUUCUAUUAAUUUUGGGACUGAUUUUAUUGAGAACAAUCAAAUUCCUGAUAUCGAUUUUGCCACCUUUCAUUUAUACGAUGAUAGAUGGUUAGAAAACAAAACGGAGGAAGAGAAAAGUGAAUUUGUUGACAAAUGGAUAGAAGCCCAUCUUAAGGAUGCAGAUACUGUUUUAGGAAAGCCAAUUAUUUUAGCAGAGUUUGGGAAAUCUUCAAGAGAAUCACCUGAAUAUACCAUAGCUAAAAGGGAUAGUUAUUUUCAAAAAAUAUACAAUGCUAUAUAUACUAGUGCUGCUAGUGGAGGUUCUUGUGCAGGUGCAAUGUUCUGGCAACUUUUGUCUCAAGGAAUGGAUAGCUUUGGAGAUGGCUAUGAAGUUAUUUUGGAGGAUAGUCUUUCCACUGCAGAGAUUAUCAAACAACAAUCUACCAUCAUGUCAAAUAUCACAUUCUAG